AAAAUCACUCCAUUUUGCACUGCCAACAUUACCUGACUGCCUGACUCACUCACUCCCCUUUCUUUCUUUUUUUACUAUUUUUCAAUUUUUGCUGCUGUUGAUUGUUGUAUCUGUUUCCAUGAGAGAGCCGGAGAUCACCCUGUUCGGCCGGAAAAUUGUGCUGCCGGAGAACGGCGGACCAGAGGAGGAGCAGGAGGAGGAGAUUGAUCUGGAAGAGUUUGCUGAUGGAAAUGGUGGUGGUGGUGAUUGCGAUCGCUGCGGACGGGGAGGAGAUGACGAGGAAAAGCAGCGCCUCGAGACUGAGGAGGACCAAAAGCUCUGCGAUAAUAAGACAUUAGAGGAAGAGCAGAACCCGAGUGCAGCCGGAGAGGAAUCGCCGGAUGCUAAUGAGAUGUCUGAAUCUGAUGAGGAUCCGAAAACUCCCUCCAGAGAUGAAGACGGGGUUUCGGAGAAUAAUGCAAAGGUUGAGAAUGAGGCGGCUAGUGAAUCGACAAACGGGCAGCAGAAACCCCUGAAGAAACCCGACAAAAUCCUCCCCUGCCCGAGGUGCAACAGCAUGGACACCAAAUUCUGUUACUACAACAACUACAACAUCAAUCAGCCGCGGCACUUUUGCAAGAGCUGUCAGAGGUACUGGACUGCCGGGGGAAUGAUGAGGAACGUUCCAGUCGGAGCUGGCCGUAGGAAGAACAAGAAUUCAGCUUCCCAUUGCCGGCACAUCACAAUCUCUGAGGCUCUCCAGGCAGCCAGGGUGGACGUUCCCAACGGAUUUCAUCACCCGUCUUUCAAACCAAACGGCACCGUCCUGUCGUUUGGCCCUGAUUCGCCGUUAUGCGAAUCCAUUGCAUCAGGCCUGAAUCUACAGGAUAAAAGAAUCACCAACGGAGUCAGAAAUGGAUACAGUAAGAUUGACCUCGGAAGCUUGGUUUCUUGCAAGAACAACGAGAAUGGAGACGAUGACCCUUCGAUUAUAUCUUCUGUCAAGAUGAUGAAUUCGAUGGCAGCAGAUGGAGGCAAAAACGGGACUCAACAGCCGUCGAUGCAGAACAUAAACGGCUUUCCAUCGCCCGUCCCACCGUGCAUUCCCGGGGCUCCCUGGCCAUUUCCAUGGAAUUCUGCAGUACCUCUACCGGCUAUUUACCCUCCGGGAUACCCGAUCCCAUUCUACCCUACUCCAUAUUGGAACUGUACCAUCCCGAAUGCUUGGAACGUGCCGUGGAUAUCGACACCGUCUCCAAAUCCAAACCAAAAGCCAAAAGACUCGAGUCCAAACUCGCCGCUCGGAAAACACUCAAGAAAUGGUGAUCUGCUCAAGCCAAACUCUUCAGACGGCCUAGAUAAUCAAGAAUCAAAGACUUCAGAAAGCUCAAUCGUCGUGCCAAAAACACUCAGAAUAGACGAUCCGGAGGACGCUGCCAAGAGUUCGAUAUGGGAAACGCUCGGGAUCAAAUAUGAUUCAGUUCGCAGGGAGGGUCUUUUCAAGGCACUGCAGCCAAAGCUUGAUGAGAAAAAGCUCCCGGUCACGACUUCACCCGCGGCAUUACAGGCUAACCCUGCAGCCCUGUCCCGAUCAAUUAACUUCCAGGAAGGCGUCUGAAGCAAUGCGUUCUCGGUCAUUUAGGAUCAAAUGUAAAGAUCUUUUAACCUAUUUUACAGGCUUCUCCGACAGCUCAAGAGUCUGGUGAACAUCUUUGCAGGGACGAUCGAUGAUUCUAUUACGAGAAGCCGCCGCUUUUGAUUAGUGUGUGCUUUGAAUCUUCAUGUAAAUAUUUUUGUAGAAAACUGCUGACACAAGGGAGAGUGUGAGUUUCAUAUGUGUAAGAUUAGAUAUAUACAAUAUCUGUUGAUAUAUAUAUGUUUUUUGUGGCACCAAAUGUUCUAGGUUGUCUUAGAUAACUCACCAUGUAAAAAAUCAAUAAAUGAAAUUCUAUCUCCUACA